CCGGCACUGCUAAUGCAAGGAUGAGUUGUCCUUGUGCCUUUGGCGCCGUGUAGGAACCCCUGUAAUGACAAUGAACGGAGGGGUGGUGCCACCACUGCAGGUGACGGCGAUCAGGGUGGUGGUGUUGUCUUGGGUGUUGCCCUUGAGGAGUGGCUGCGUUGGCAUUCUGAAGAACAACAGGCUCAGAUUGUUUGCCAGUUUUAGCAAUCAAUUACAGCUAAAUGCAAAAACAUCUGCAGAUCCGAUGUACCUUUCAAAUAUUCAUCCUGCCAACGGCUCUACAAGAUGCUGCUCUCCCUGUUUUACAUGGAAACAGAUGCUCAGAGGAGGGAGCAAAGGAAAUGUUGCGGAUGCCACCCUAGAUUGUGAAGCAGCAGCCGAUACCUUACAACAUACUGUCCUCAGUAAUACCAGCUGCAUUGGUCAUAAAAUGGGCUGUGUUGGCUUCUAUGCCAACUGUCUCACCACCCUCAAGCAAUUGCGAAGGAGCUGCUCCCUGUACCCAAUGGAAGAUGUCUGCACCGCCUGUGCCUCCUGUGGCUUCACCCAGGAGGCUUGGAGCAGCCCAUCCCUAGCCCGAGGUGCAUUUUCUGCUCAAGAGCUGAUACUGGAUGUCUCAUCACCAGCGCCUCAGCCCAGCAUUUUGUGCCGAUUCAGCUUUACAGGACUGUGCAGUGUAUUUCUUAAUCUGUUAUGACAGUAGGAAUAAACCGGCUGCCCCAAAGCUGAAACAGAGGCUUUCUUCUUUUGCCUGGAUUAAUUGUUUCAUGCUGAGUUUAACUUUGUAUGAAUAGAUCUUAUAGAUGCCUAGUAUUUGCAUCUAUGUGGUACCUUGCCAGUCCCAAAGCCUGGUAAGAAUUAGUAUUUGAGGGGUAUCGGUUCCUUUUUUUUUUCUACCAUGAGGUACUUACAAUAGCAGUGAGGGGAGGAGGAAGCACGGUGAUGAAGCUCUGUAAGAAAAAUGCAAGACUCCCUUUUUGGAAAGCCCCUGCACUUUAGUUAAUUAAUCCACUAAUUUUUAUCACCAAGUCAGCCUACACCUUCAUUUUAUUGAUACAGACUAAGUGAAGCUUCACAACAUACAAAUAUUACGUUUAGAGAUGCCAACAUCUGCAGAGGUACAGUGAGGUUUAAAUCAAACUUUUAGUGGCAAGAGUGCAUGGCAGCAGCACUGUAAUUAUUUGGCAUUUGUCUGCAGUGCCUCCCUGCCUUCAAAACACUUUUCACAGGCUGUCAACAAGUCUUUGUGUUUAUGUUUGGCUUGGCAGCGACUCUCAAAACUGGGCGAGUAAGUGAGGAGGAGCCCGUGCACAAGCCCAGUCGUAUACAACUUUGCUCAGUCUUCUGUGAUCUCUCAUCUGAUAACCUUCAAAGCCCUGCCUUUCCCUGCUUUUCACUCACUGUUUGUAUGUUAUCACUCUUGACUUAAAAGAAAGGAUCUCUUCGGAUUACAUUAGCUGCACUACUGUUUCUAAUAGCAGAACGGCUCCUAUAUUUACAACAGCAGAACAAAGCUGGUCUUGGGCAAAUAGAUUAUUCACUUAAAUAAACAAAUCAGAUCUCAGCUUGACUUUAAACUCUCAGAUUUGUCAUUUGUGAAUAUAUUCAUCCAGUAAAAAUGAAAUAACUAAAAUAUUGUAUCUAUACUUUUGAAAUAAAGCUAUUUAAUUUCAAGAUUUGGUUAUUCUAAAAUCUGAAAAAAAAA